CUCUUGGGUGGCGUUGUUCCUGAUCCCAGCUACUGAGUAUAAAAGCCAGUUCAUCCUGGGUAGAUAGCACUGUCACCAUGCGAGUCCUUGGAAUCCUCGUCGCAGCCGAGCUGUUGCUCGCGGUUGUCGGGUCCUCAGAGUUGAACGAGGGUGAACAAGGUCCGCAAUCCGCCCAGGCUCCAGUCAUCAACAAGGAAACCUUCCGCCAUGAGCUGGCCCAUCUGCGAGACCGCGCCAGCACCUACGUGCACGACGUGAAGGACCUCGUCAAGGGCUUGAGGGGAUCCGUCGGUUUAGAGGAUGAAGAAGCAAGGAUCGCCGAUGUUUUCGCGGCUGGGCCUGAACUGUACAAUGCCGCCAUGGGCUUCUCAGAGGGCGCCAUUCGACAUUUGUGGGGAGAGGUUAAACAGCAUAUCGAAGGAGCUCAUGACGGCUUCGACGAGGCGCCACUUGCUUGCUCGGCACUAGAACAGUACAUCAGUGAGAGCGCAAAAGAGCACCCCGGGCAGCCUUUGGACAAAAUGGUGGCAUUUGACCUGCUGGUGGAUGACAUGGACUGUAUGACAGGGGUGUUGCGGGAGAUCUUCCAGUGCGCCAAAAACCUCGAUCGAGAGGGGGAGAUGUCCAUCGAGGAUGCCGUCCAGUAUGUAAAGGACCUCAUCUUCGGCCUCUUCAAGCUCAGGGAUUCCGGACUCCGAUUUUAUCUCUCCGUGUAUCAUGUUUUUCCCGAAUAUCUUCCUUUACACGAAGUCAGUGAGAACAAUGUUCCGAGCAAGCGUGGCUAUCUCGCGGAACAACUUGUAAAUCUUUUACUGAGAAGAGAAAGUCCACCACCACCUCCCCCAACUGGUGACGGGCCUCCAUCUCCACCCCCAAAUGGAGACGGCCCUCCGAAUCCCCCACCACCCUCGGGGAAUGGCGGGAACAGACGGCGGUUGAGUGAUUUACUAAAUGAUCUGCUGAAGAGAGAAAACCCACCACCACCUCCCCCAACUGGUGACGGGCCUCCAUCUCCACCCCCAAAUGGAGACGGCCCUCCGAAUCCCCCACCACCCUCGGGGAAUGGCGGGAACAGACGGCGGUUGAGUGAUUUACUAAAUGAUCUGCUGAAGAGAGAAAACCAACCACCACCUCCCACAACUGGUGACGGGCCUCCACCUCCACCCCCAAAUGGAGACGGGCCUCCAUCUCCACCCCCAAAUGGAGACGGCCCUCCGAAUCCCCCACCACCCUCGGGGAAUGGCGGGAACAGACGGCGGUUGAGUGAUUUACUAAAUGAUCUGCUGAAGAGAGAAAACCCACCACCACCUCCCCCAACUGGUGACGGGCCUCCAUCUCCACCCCCAAAUGGAGACGGCCCUCCGAAUCCCCCACCACCCUCGGGGAAUGGCGGGAACAGACGGCGGUUGAGUGAUUUACUAAAUGAUCUGCUGAAGAGAGAAAACCCACCACCACCUCCCACAACUGGUGACGGGCCUUCACCUCCACCCCCAAAUGGAGACGGCCCUCCGAAUCCCCCACCACCAACAAACAAUAAGAACAGACGCGGUCUUAGUUUACAUUUUCGCAAUCUUCUAAGGAACCUGUUACAGUAAAUGUGUCUGACAACUGUCUGUAAUGUACUCCAGUUUCCUACUCUCGGCAUGAUAAAUCCAACGGUAACGAUAUCCGUUUGGCUCAUAUGCGGAUAGAUAUGCAAAUAUGAACGGUCAAGUAGGGACUACUUUCACUGCUUAUAAACAAACAUGGCGUCGCCUCUAUGUAUUUUCCAAUAGUUUUACUGUCAUUAUUAUGUAAUAUACCCUGUUCAACAGAUGUGCUAUGUACCUUUGAUAUUAUUGUUACAAUAAAGAAAUGUUCACAUUGUUAUCCCCGUGA